CAUUAAUAAAACGAAGACAUGAAUGGAUUGAAGCAAAAGCAUAAAUGUGAGAACCCAAAGUUAAAGGAAAUUUAAAAGAAACAAAAACAAAAGAGUUUCACUAUUGUAUAAAAACCGUAAAGCAGAUAUCAGAGGAGUCAUGCAAGAGAUCAAUAAUUAGUGAGAAAAAGGAGAGAAGAAAGAUCAUAAUCAUGGCAAUGAAAAGCAAAGUGCUUAUCGUUGGGGGAACCGGUUACUUGGGGAAGAGGCUAGUUAAGGCAAGUUUAGCACAAGGCCAUGAAACUUACGUGCUGCACAGGGAGGAGAUAGGUGUGGAUAUUGAGAAGGUGCAAAUGUUGCUAUCGUUUAAGCAGCAAGGGGCUCAUCUUGUGAUUGGUUCGUUUAACGACCACCAAAGCCUCGUGAAAGUGGUGAAAUUAGUAGACGUGGUUAUUUGUGCAAUAUCCGGUGUUCAUAUCCGUAGCCACCAAAUACUGCUUCAACUCAAGCUUGUUGAUGCCAUCAAGGAGGCUGGGAAUGUUAAGAGAUUCCUGCCUUCGGAAUUUGGAACUGAUCCUGCAAGGAUGGAGAAUGCAAUGGAACCUGGAAGGGUUACAUUUGACGACAAAAUGGUGGUGAGAAGAGCAAUUGAAGAAGCCGGAAUUCCUUUCACAUAUAUCUCUGCAAAUUGCUUCGCUGGUUACUUCCUUGGUGGGCUGUGCCAACCAGGUUUUAUCCUUCCUUCAAGGGAACAAGUUCGUUUGCUUGGAGAUGGCAAUCAAAAGGCAAUUUAUGUUGAUGAAGAUGAUAUAGCAACGUAUAGCAUCAAAACAAUAGACGACCCUCGAACCCUAAACAAAACAGUGUAUAUAAGGCCACCCCAAAACAUACUAUCUCAAAGGGAAGUGGUCCAAAUAUGGGAGAAACUCAUCGGGAAAGAGCUGCUUAAGUCUUCCAUUUCAGAACAAGAGUUUCUAGCAAUUAUGAAAGAACAAGAUUAUGCAGAGCAAGUUGGAUUAACACAUUACUAUCACGUGUGUUACGAGGGAUGCCUUGCCAAUUUUGAAAUAGGUGAUGGAGCCGAAGAAGCCUCCAAGCUUUACCCUGAAGUCAAGUACACAACGGUUGAGGAGUAUAUGACCCGUUAUUUAUAAACUACCCUGCCCCUUCUUUAUUUCUCGUCCAUAAUAAUACUGAUAUAAAUUUCUGUAUUUAUAUGUGUGUGUGUAAAAUAUUCCAAUUUGGAGUGAUAUUUAAGCUGGAAUAUUGCUAUCA